AUGGCAUCGACUACCCCUAGGAACGAUGGGUUCUACGAUAAGUACAUUAAAAAUUAUCAUAUCCUUACUCAGGCGCAACUAAAGCGCCUGAUGGAACACAAAUACAGCGCAGAGGGACAGUCGUUCUUAGAGCCUCCGAUGCAAGUGUUUUGGAAAUGGAUUGUGGAGCGAAUUCCAGAAUGGUGGUCUCCUAAUGCCUUGACUCUAAUAGGGUUGUUUAUCAAUGUCACAACAACUUUGAUCUUGGCUUUUUACAGUCCUGACUGCAAGCAGGCGGCUCCAGGUUGGGCGUACUUGCUGAGUGCCCUUGGCCUGUUCAUUUACCAAACCUUGGAUGCCAUAGAUGGGAAGCAAGCCAGGAGAACCAAGUCCAGCUCCCCACUGGGAGAGCUGUUUGACCAUGGCUGUGAUUCUAUCUCCACCGGAACCGUGAUCCUAGGAGCAAGUAUCACACUUCAGCUGGGACAGACUCCUGGCUGGUUGAUGUUUGAAAACCUGGCAGCAUAUUUCCUGUUCUACUGUGCACACUGGCAGACAUACGUCUGUGGGACACUUAAGUUUUCCAAAAUUGAUGUCACAGAGGGCCAGUUCGCUAUUAUAGGAGUCUACAUUCUUGCUGCAUUAUUUGGCCCCCAGAUAUGGUCCGAAGAGAUUCCGGUUCUCAACAUCCAGUUGAAAAUGCUGCCACUCUUGUUUAGUUUGGCUGGAGCAGCUGUCCAGUUGAAGUCAGCCUUUAGCGUCAUCUUUUUGCAAGGAGGUGUAGGAAAAAAUGGAUCCACUGUAGCGGGUACCAGCACCAUCUUCCCCAUUCUUCCAAUAUCACUUGUGAUCCUGCUUGCCUUCAUGAUACAGCAGAAGUCUCCAUCACUGCUGUUUGAGAACCAUCCCUGUCUGUACCUGUUGGCUUUUGGGUUGUUGGCUGCCAAAGUGACCAAUAGACUUGUGGUAGCUCAUAUGACAAAAAGUGAAAUGGAUUUGUGGGAUUCAGGUUUGAUAGGACCUGGUGCUCUGUUUCUCAAUCAGUAUUUUAACUGUUGGUUCAAUGAGCUUAUUGUUUUGUGGCUGUGUUUGCUGUGGGUGGUGUUCGAUAUACUGCGAUACUCAAUCAUCGUUUGCCAGGAAAUUUGUGAAUAUCUUCAAAUUUAUUGCUUCACAAUCACGUCACGGCCAGGCUCGCACAAGAAGGACGCAGACUUCAAAAAUGGCAGGUUUAGUUGA